GCCACUGGUAUUGACGGAAACUGGAGUGGUAGCGGCACAAUCGGACCCACCGUCACUACAUGUAACGAACUAAUCCAACAUUUGCUUAAAUAGAACAACAUUAUGAUUAGUUUGCUAGCUGGAUCAGCGGUAUUCAGUGUGUUAAUUCGUUGCAGCGUCUUGUAAAAUGGUCGAUUCCGAUUCUGGAAUGGUCUAUGUUCGCGAGAGAGGACAACUUCGUCGAGUCAAUGACAUUGUGCUGGCGGAGACGAAGUCAUCAGCCAGGAAAACCAUAAUAAGAUCUCUUGCUUUGAAAAAGGAGCACUUUAUCUUCACCUAUAACAAAGAAGGCAGUCUGAGAUACUCGGCUAAAUCACUCUAUGACAUCUCUCUGCUCUUUGUAGCGUAUAACGUCCAUCACGUUGACUCAUUAAUUGGAUUUCCUGAACAAGUAGGGGAAAGAGUCUUCGCUACCGCGGAAGAAAAGAUGAUAUUCUCCAACCCUGACACAGCUUCUAGGGCUCUGAGGUUGUUCAGUGAUGCGUACGGGGAGGUAGUGCUUAGGUCACUUUGUUUACGACAUAGAUUUCCCUUACUGACCGAAAGACUUGAGGAGAUAAAAACGUUCCACAGUCUGAAGUGCCUGGAUCUCUUUGGUUGCAGAUUGGGGGACAGCCAUGACGUCUUCCAACAUCUCACGUCAGAUACGUUGUCGAGAAGCCUUCUCCAGUUGUCCCUGGGUGGUAACAACCUGUCAGACCAGGGUCUUCAGAGACUGACUGCCCCUGUCAGAAUGAUGAAAAGGGGACUAAGACACCUGCAGCUGCUUGACCUCUCAGAUAAUCCUAUAACUGAGAAGGCAGUUGGAUAUCUCACAUGCCUCCCCAAGCUAAAAGGACUUGAUAUAACAGGAACUCACAUAAAGAUGGGCCCGUCACUAAAGACGCUCCUGAGGAACAUGUUGGGUUUGGUCCUGUCUACAGAACCACUGGAAGCCUUUGACCACUCCUGCUGUAAAACAGAAGGCUGGGCAGAACAGGUAGUCAACCAGUGGGAGUUGAGUGCAACUAAACUGCCCUCUGUGAAGAAGAUCCAAGAGUCAAGGACGUCAGCAUUUCGCUUUUUUGGCCGACAGAAGUUUGUCAGAGAUAUCCUGAGCGCAACACCUCUGGUUAGAAAUGAAGAGGAAGACAACACGAGGAAGAUAAUCCAUUUUUUUAAACUGGCAACAAGCACACACACACAUCAGACCCAAAGCACAGGGAUCGCAAGUGGUCAAGUAAAAGCAUCCACACACCAUUGCACUUCACAGAACACAUUUCAACCCACAGGGAUUCAAAGUGGACGCAUGAGGUCCUCUUUAUACAACUGUACUCAACUUACAGGGACCACACAUGGUAAUUCUGUUCAUGUAAAACCCUGCUCACAGAAAAAGAAAAGGCCUCUUAGAACAGAGGUUGGGGACAGUGGUCUUCACAGUCCGCCUCCUAAACGUGCAUCAUCAUCAUCAUUACCACCACCAGCUUUCACAGCAGAGGACUUAGAUCUGUUCAACAGUUACUGAUGGAUGCAUGGCUUUUCUCUUUUGCACUGACUCUGUACCUGAAGUCCAUCUCAAAAUGUUUGAGGGUUUUUCUAUAUUUUGCAUAAACCAAAGGUCAGUUUCCAGAUAUUUUAGCUUGAUAGGCUUUUUUGUUUAAUUGGACCCCGAUCCCUUGAAGUGUGGAGGUCCUGGAAUAUUUGGACAAAUUGCUUGGUCAAUCUCCUGCUUAAACAUGUCUGUUGACUUUAUUAAAAAAAAAAAAAU